AUGGCUUCUGCUGUUCGUGCCGCCCGCAUGGCCCCGCGCUUUUCGGUCCUCGUUCGGCCCGCUGUCGCUCGCACAACCCCUUCGGUCUGCCAGCGCGCCGCCUUCUCCGUCUCGGCCGGCCGCUUCAAGUCCGAGGUGAUCAAGGAGACUGAGGUUCCCGUUUCUGUCUACAACCCCGACGCUAAGGGCGUCGCUUCUGGCAAUGCCGACCAUUUCAGCAUCCCCGUCAAGCCUCGUCAGCGUGCUCCUGAGCCCGUCGUUGAGGAGGAUGAGGAGGUUGUUCCCCUUGAGGAGAAGGUCUACUCUCAGCUCCCAAAGACGCUGCAGAAGAUGAGCGUCCACGGCAAGGUCAUCAUCAUCACUGGUGGUGCUCGUGGUCUUGGAAACUAUAUGGCCCGUGCCUGCGCUGAAGCUGGUGCCAAAGCCAUUGCCAUCUUCGAUGCCAACCAAGAGCUAGGUGACGAGUCUGCUGCCGAGCUUCACCAGAAGACCGGCCUGCCCGUCUCCUUCUUCAAGGUUGAUGUCCGUGACGGACAUGCCAUUGAUGCCGCCGUCAAGAACGUCGUCGAUCUCUACGGAACCCCUGACGUCUUAGUCAACUCUGCUGGUAUCGCCGAUUCCAACAUUCCCGCCGAGACAUACGACCCAGCCAUGUUCCGCCGUCUUAUCGACAUCAACCUGACUGGUUCUUUCCUCAUGUCCCAGUCGGUCGGCCGUGCCAUGAUGGCCGCUGGCAAGCCCGGUUCCAUCAUCCUCGUCGCCUCUAUGUCCGGCUCCAUCGUCAACUACCCACAGGAGCAGUCCUGCUACAACGCCUCCAAGGCUGGUGUCAUCCAGCUCGGCAAGUCCCUCGCUGCUGAGUGGGCCAAGUACCAGAUCCGCGUCAACUGCAUCUCCCCUGGCUACAUGGACACGGCCCUCAACAAGGUUCCCGCUCUCGACGCCCAAAAGAAGAUCUGGAAGUCGUUGACUCCCCAGGACCGCCUCGGGAACGUGGAUGACCUCAACGGUCUCUGCGUGUUCCUCGCCUCUGACGCCUCCGGUUUCAUGACCGGGUCCAACGUCAUCAUUGACGGUGGCUACAGUCUCUACUAAGUUUAUGAUACGACGAGAAAUAAUUUGCUGCUUUUAUCGGCUUCGGGAUACCCUAUAGACGGUUUUGGCUUUUUUAUGUGUUCCUCAUGGGCAGCAGCAGCAAAAAUUAGUGGAUUCUGACAAUGGCAUGGGUGGACGGAUGGAUAGUGAUUAUGGGGUUUUUAUCUUCAUGAGCGAUGGGAUUUUGUUUACUUUGGGGGCGUACAGCGAUGAUAUUUUGAUUUUUUUCAUGGGGGUCUUUUUUUCUCUUUCUCACGAUAUGGGUGCA